ACGUGCUCCUUGGGGCUCGUGGGACAGAGUACAACUGUCAGAUCCAAACCAAACCUGCCAUUCCUGAGAAGACCUCUCUUUUGGUCUCAGCCCUGGGCAGCCCAGGCCUUCAUGCUGCUGUGGGUGUCACUGCUCGUCCUGGCUCCUGUCAGUGGACAAUUUGCAACUGAACCAAAACCUGUCAUUUCCCUUCAUCCUCUAUGGACCACCUUCUUCCAAGGAGAGACUGUGAUGCUGACUUGCAACACAUUUCACUUCCAUGCACCAGAGAAAAUAAAAUUGUACCGUUGGUACCUUGAGGAAGAAAUACAAAGUGAAACCCCAGGAAAUACCCAUGAGGUCCGCGAAACUGGAAAGUACAAAUGCCAGGCCCAGGAUUCACCCCCAAGUGAUGCUGUGCACUUGCUCUUUUCUUCAGCCAACCUGAUACUGCAAGCACCGCCUUAUGUGUUUGAAAAAGAAUCUGUGGUCCUGAGAUGCCAAGCAAAGGCAAACACAGAACUGAAUGGCAUGACACUGUACAAACAUGGAGAAGUCUUGGGAGUCCCUAAAAAAACCUCUGAAUUCCGUAUUUAUCAAGCAGGUCUGAAGGACAAUGGUGAAUAUCGAUGUACUGGACUUAAGAAAGACAGUGAAACUAUUUCUUCAAAUGCAGUCAAAAUAGAAGUUCAAGAACUGUUUCCAAGUCCCGUGCUGAAAGCCAGCUCCACCCAGCCCACCGAGGAGGGCACACUGACCCUGACCUGUGAGACCCAGCUCUCUUCACAGAGACCAGAUGUCCAACUCCAGUUCCGAUUCUUCAGAGAUUACACAUCCCCAUGGUCAUAUUGGAGAUCCUCCCCAGAACUUCAAAUCUUCACCAUACAGAGAGAAGACUCAGGGUCUUACAGGUGUGAGGCACAGACAGUGACCCCCCGUCUCCAGAAAAAGAGCCAGCAAUUGCAGAUAAAUGUGCAAAGCAUUGUUGCUGAUGUCCGACUAUACUCCCGCCCAGAACUGGUGUUUGAAGGGAAGGAGUUGGUUCUCAUCUGUUCAGUAAGUGGGGUUCCAGCGCCCAUCACAGUCUCUUUCUUCAAAAAAAGACCCUGGAGAAAAGAUACAAAGAUUGUCACAUCCUCAGAAACAGAAUUCAAGAUCCCUACAGUGGAAAGCAGCCAUGCUGGAGAGUAUUACUGUGCUGCUGGAAAGAAUCACCGCUCUUUUCCCAGCCAGACAUUGACCAUCAGUGUGAGGGUCCCUGCUUCUCAUCCUGUCCUCACACUCAGCCGUUCUAGAGCCCAGACACUUGAGGGAGAUGAGGUGAGCCUUCGCUGUGAAGCUCGGAGAGGUUCUCUACCCAUCUGCUUCCAGUUUUAUCAUGAAAGUAUGUUGCUCAAAAAGGUAGAAGCCACUAUAUGGAGAACAACGUCCUUCAGACUCACUGUGACUGCAGAGCAUUCUGGGAACUACUACUGCACAGCUGACAAUGGCCUUGGCCCUCAGUACAGUGAGGCCACGGGCCUCUCUGUCACCGUUCCAGUGUCUCGCCCUGUCCUCACCCUCAGGGCUCCCAGAGCCCAGCCUGUGGUGGGGGACGUGGCGGAGCUUCACUGUGAGGUCCAGAGGGGCUCUCUCCCAAUCCGAUACCAGUUUUAUCAUGAGGAUGUUGCCCUGUGGAGCAACUCAGUGUCCUCUAAAGAAGCCUUCUUCAGGUUCUCUCUGACUGAAGAACAUUCUGGAAACUACUCCUGCAAGGCUGACAAUAGCCUAGGGGCCCAGUGGAGUGACACAGUGUCACUCAGUGUCAGAGUUCCAGUGUCUCGCCCUGUCCUCACCCUCAGGGCUCCCAGGGCUCAGGCUGUGGUGGGGGACGUGGUGGAGCUUCACUGUGAGGUCCAGAAAGGCUCUCCCCCAAUCCGAUACCAGUUUUAUCACAAGAAUGUCACCCUGGGGAGCAGCACGUCCCUCUCUGGACAAGGAGAGUCCUUCAACCUCUCACUGACUGCAGAACAUUCUGGAAACUACUCCUGUGAGGCCGACAAUGACCUGGGGCCCCAGUGCAGUGAGGCAGUGACACUUUCCAUCACAGGGAUGACAGGGAGCAGAAGUGGCUCUGUUGCCACCAGUGUCACUGGGGGGCUGCUCAGCCUGGUGGGCCUUGCUGCUGUGGCACUGCUGUUCUAUUGCCGGUUCACAAGAAAAGCAGGAGGAAGGUCUACCUUGGACUCUUCCAGGAACCAUUCAGCCUCGGACCUCCACGAGCCCACCUACUACAAUGUACCAGGCUGGAUAGAAUUGCAACCAGUGUACAGCAAUGUAAAUCCUAAAGAAGGAGACAUCGUGUACUCGGAAGUCCAGAGCGUGAAGAGGGAGAACAGACAUGCAGGUGCAGUGGCCUCCGCACCAGAGCUUCUCAACGACAAGGAUGCCUGUGUCAUCUACUCACAGGUGAAGGUGGCUUCAGCCCCAGCCCCUAAGCCCCAGCUCUUGGAUUCAUCCACUCCUCACAGAUGAGUCCACACAGCUCCCAACUGCUAUGUCAGCUUCUGCAGCCCAAAGCCAUCCUUGGGGGAGAAGGGACAUCCAUGUGGGAAGAUGUAAAACCACCCCAUGCCACAUCCAGUGGGCUGUGCACCAGUCUGAACAGACCAGAGGGCCCUGAAGGAACUUCAUCUACUUCUGAAGUGACAGCUCUGGCACCUUGGUCCUUUUUUUCUAAUGACAUGUUGCUCCCAAUCCAGGGCACAUCACAUCACCUGGCUUCCUCAGUGGGCUUCAGCUUUGGUCACUAUACUGAGUCCUAUUCCCAUGCACACCCCUAUCUUUCCUCAAUGAGGACUGCACCUGACAACCUGCUCUCAGAAAGCAGGAAAGCUUCUCAAACUUUAAAGUGCUUAUGGGUCAGCUGGGGACCUUGUGAAAAGGCAGACUCUGAUUCACCGGGUUUGGGUGGUGGCUAAGAUCCUGCAUCUAUGACAAACUCCCACAUGGUGCUGAUGCUACUGCUCCUAGGACCAUAUUGAGUACCCAGGCUCCAAAGUUCUUGGCAGAGGCCCAUGGGGAAGCAGCACGUGCUCUGGGUGCCCACCGCCCAACUCCAUGGGGGCCGCUCAUGCAGAUCACAGGCUCCCUGCACCAUCCUUUCACUAGAACAUCCUCAGCAGCUGUUGCUGAGAGAACUUCUCUGCAACACACUGGGUUUCAUCAGCCUCCCUGGGUCGGGAAAAAGUAGCUGCCACCAGCUUGCUUCCCCACCUCAGGCCUCACACUUUCCCAAAAAGGGGAUGAAUACAGAGUGAAUAAUGCACCCUUUAGCCCUCUCCAUUCAGCGCCCACUUCCCUCUCCAGCCUUUCUCAUAAUCAUCGCUCUCCACAACCUACGGUCCCUUCCCUAUUUUCUAAUGUAGCCUUUCUGCACUUCCUCUUCUAGAAGUACUUUCCCAUCAUUUGCAUUUGCUGAAACCCUGCUCAUUCUUUGAGCUCCAACUCAAUGGCCCAUCCUCCACCCUCCCAGAAGCAGUCUGUUUCUUCUUUGGGCUCCCACAGCACUUUUAUACUGAUGCUCAAAUCACUGAUGGUUGAUGUUUGGGGGGAAAUUUUGAGUUUAUCUAGGCCACUUCUGUAAUUUUGUGGUUGGAAAUUGAGAACCAGAGAGGAAGAGCCACUAACUGAAAAUCACACAACCUGUUAGUGGCGAAGUGCACACGAAAAUAAACCCAGGACUCCUGGCGGUGCUCUUUCCUCUACAUGGCACCUCUGCUACAGAGAUGUGUGCAUUUUUGUGUUUCCCCAACAAGACUGAGAGUUCUUAAAAGCAAAGCUGAAGGGGUGAGCAUGGUGUCGGGCAUUCACCUGGUGCUCAAUGAAAGGUUAUCAAAUUGGAUGUCUAUUAAUCUCCCUGAUGAAUAAACAUCACCUCUACAAAUUCAUCGAUAUCAUUAUCUGCUCUCUUAACCCAGCAAAGUGCAAUAUGUGUCCCUUGAUCUCAGAGGGUUUUUAAAACAAUACCAAUAAAAUCACUACUAAGA